AUGGCGCCCAAGAAACCCUCCACCACAGCCGAGGUUGCCCUCGUACCUUUGAAGAACUGUCUAGUGAACCUGCCGCCAUCGCUGGUUGCACUGCUCGUCAACGCCAAUACUGCUGCACAAAAUGUGAUUGUCGAGCUGCAAUACCGACCUACAUCCGGAAAGGCCAGCGGCAAUUCGACACAACGAUCAUGCUAUCUGGGGUGGACGGGGAUGCCAAGCAAGCGGAGGCUUGCGCCAGUUGUUGGAAAAGAUGGCAUCAAUAGCGGUCCCUCUUCUAGAGAACAGGAUAUCUCUACUGUCGAAAUGGAUACUACAUUUGGCAGAGUCUUGGGCCUUACCGAAGGACAAAGGGUCGGAAUAUUCAUUCACUUGGACCCUCCGGUAGCGCAUACUAUUAAUAUCGAGCCUCUAACUCCUGAGGACUGGGAAAUCAUUGAGUUGCACGCAACUUUUCUGGAGCUUAACCUUCUUUCUCAAAUCCGGGCUCUUCCAAAUCCAACAUACAGCACGGCUCAGCCAGACCAUAUGCAUCCUCUUGCUCUGCAUCUUUCCCCGACAUCCACCGCCAAUAUUGUCAUUACGUCUCUUACGCCGGCGCCGUCGGACACCUCCCCAUUCGCCAAGAUAGCACCCGAUGCGGAAGUUAUUGUUGCUCCGAAAGUGCGUCCCAGGAAUACAAGAGGGACCCGAGGGGAUAGUAGAAGUGUUAAUGGGAGCAGCCGGAGAAGCGUCGGGGGGAGGAGUAGCGGAAGCACCGCGCGGACAAAGAGUAAAUCAGACUCGACAAGCAGAGGAUGUCUCUAUUUCAGAGGUAUCGAUCGACAGUGGACUGAGCAGUACUUCGAUGGAGAGUCUGAAGAUGAUACCAACAAGGGCCUCCGCGUUUGGGUAGAGCCCGAGAUCCUUGCGUCCAACGAACUUCGGGGAGCCAGCUGGGCUUGCAUCACUAUCGUUCAACCUUCCGGCCUGAAACCUCCACUUGACCCUCAACAACAACUGAAUCAAGCAGAACAAAAGUCAAACGAGGCUGGUGCGCCCAGCACAAAACUCGUUGCCAAAGUGCUUCCGUGGGUAGAUGCUCCGCACAGUGAACACUUGGCUAUGUCUACGCUGCUGUGUUCCGCUCUAGGUGCUGAGGGCAUGGUAGGUGGCAUCGUCCGUGUCGAAGCAGCCCCACCCCCAUUGCAAAAAUCAGCUGUCAAGUCAAUCAAGGUCUAUCCCUUCAUGGCUGACACAUCGAAGAAGAAGGAUGGGUUAAAAUUCGGUGCUGAUACCGCAGCUGCAAAGGAUGCGCUAGCCGAGCGUAUAAAGGUAAUAUACGGUAGCCCUGGUUCAGAGAAGGGGUUACUGUCGGGACCUCUGACAGAUGGAAUGGUUCUCCCGAAGGCAGAUAAUCAGACAACAGUGUCUGCAUUUGAUGGUGCCAUUAUCCGAUUUGACCCUCCCCUAAAGGCCGCUUCAGAACCAACAUUCGGGUGGUUGCAGGGAUCAGAACAGAAGUUGUCACUUGAAGUACAGUCUGAAAUUCCCCGACCUUCAGAUCAGGGCUCGUCCCCUAUGCCCACGGAGGAUACAAUACCAUCCACAGUACCAGAGAUGGUGGGCAUCGAUAAGAUCAUCAGACAGUCUCUUGAUAACCUAACUAAGUCGUCGUCAAUCUUGUUGACUGGCGGACUUGGUUCUGGAAAGACGAAGCUUAGCCAUCUCCUGGCACAUCGACUUCGAAAAGACCACCUCUUCAAUGUGAAAUACUUCUCUUGUCGCAAGCUCGUUACUGACGAGACUCGAAUCUCCAAUAUUAAAGAGACUUUGAACCGCCUUUUUAUGUCCGCCUCCUGGUGCUCUCGCCUAGGCGGGCAGUCAGUCGUGAUCUUGGAUGAUCUCGAUAAACUGUGUCCGGUGGAAACGGAGCUACAGGUUGGAGGAGAUAAUGGCCGCAGCCGUCAGAACAGUGAAGUGAUUUGCUCUAUGGUGCGAGAAUACUGCUCCAUGAAUUCUUCGGUGGUGCUAUUGGCAACUGCACAGUCGAAAGAGUCGUUGAACAACGUGAUAAUCGGAGGCCAUGUUGCCCGUGAAAUCAUUCAUAUAAGGGCUCCGGAUAAAGAAGGCCGGCGGAAGGUGCUUGAGCAGCUGACAAGUCAAGAUAAAGGCGCCAGUAUCACUAUGAACGGCCAUGCACGAGAAGCUAGUGCAUCUACCCAGGGCUCAUGGUUAGAUCCCUCGAAUCCAGAUAGCCGCCCGAGCUCUGCUGGAGCAGAUGGUUUUGUCUUGAGUCGUGAUAUAGAUUUCCUUGAACUAGCUGGCAAAACGGAUGGAUAUAUGCCUGGCGACUUGGUUCUCCUGGUCUCUCGGGCGAGAAAUGAGGCUUUGAUCCGCUCUGUCCAAGAGCUCUCCGGAACAUCAAAGGCGAUCACUCUCGGUGCUGACGACUUUGAAAAUGCCAUCAAAGGUUUCACACCAGCCUCCCUUCGUAACGUUACUCUCACGUCUUCUACUACAACAUUUGCCGGCAUUGGUGGCUUGCACGAGACUCGCCAGAUGCUUUUAGAGACACUCCAAUACCCUACCAAGUACGCUCCGAUCUUUGCACAGUGUCCGCUGCGUCUGCGGUCUGGUUUGUUACUUUAUGGCUUUCCUGGUUGCGGGAAAACACUUCUGGCUAGUGCGGUGGCAGGCGAGUGUGGCCUCAAUUUCAUAAGUGUCAAGGGUCCUGAAAUCCUGAACAAAUAUAUCGGUGCGAGUGAGAAAAGCGUACGAGACCUGUUUGAAAGAGCUCAAGCUGCUAGGCCCUGUGUCUUGUUCUUUGAUGAAUUCGACAGUAUAGCACCCAAGCGUGGCCAUGAUUCCACAGGUGUCACAGAUCGCGUGGUCAACCAACUGCUCACACAGAUGGAUGGAGCGGAAGGGCUUUCCGGAGUCUACGUUCUCGCCGCUACUUCUCGACCGGACUUGAUCGAUCCAGCACUUCUGCGCCCGGGUCGUCUAGACAAGUCUUUACUCUGCGAUAUGCCGAACCACACAGACCGUGCUGAUAUCAUCAAAGCUGUCAGUUCGAAGUUGGUGAUGAGCGACGAAGUGGUGGCUCGCCUAGAUGAAGUUGCUGCACGAACAGAGGGCUUCUCUGGAGCUGAUCUUCAAGCCGUCGUCUAUAACGCCCACCUUGAAGCCGUCCAUGAUGCUCUCGGGGAUCACAAUGCUGAUAAGCCGGCAGCCAAAAGCAAUACCAAGCAGUCGACGAGUACCAGUACCAAGUCCUUCAUCCAAUUUCUUUACUCCACGUCGGAGCAGGCCAACGGAACGGUGUCUAUGCCUCCACCUGCAGCCGUUGCGGCCAAGCUCGACGCAAUCAAGAGUGCCCGGCGGCGCCAACGGCAAAUUGCGCAAGGCACAACUAACGCCGCGACUCCUGCCGCAAAUGAGACCACUCAGGAAGAGCCUCGUCAAGAGAUCAUUAUCAAAUGGGAGCACAUGGAGCGAUCACUCAACACAACACGCAGCUCACUCAGUGCAGCAGAGCGACGGCGACUGCAGGCGAUCUACCGCGAGUUCGUGGUUGGUCGGAAUGGCGAGAUGCCUAACGGCGAGAGUAGUCAAGAGAUUGGAGGGCGAACAAGCCUGAUGUGA